AUGGCGCUCUGGCGCAUUCUGUGGUCAGCGAUCAUCACUAUUUCGACUCUUCAGAUCGGCAUCUUAGCGCAGACAUGCGACACAACAGUACAAAGUCCGAUAGUCUUCCCAGUAAGAAAUGUUACAGUGGAAGGUAACCGCAUGCGACGUGGAAUGAGAUUUUCAUACGGCACUCCAGAACAAAAUGUUGCAGUAGCUAUUUCUGCAGGCUGGAACGAGACUUACAUAUACGACGAGAAUGGCCAAUGUUCAGGUCUAGCAUCUGCAGCAUGCACUGUCGGAAGAGGUGGUGCAUUCAACGAAGGCUCAUCAUCGACAUGGACCGGCCUGUCUAGCAUAUCCGCCCUCAACUCAAAAGACAAUGUUGCAAAUAAUGCGGGUAGUAAUGGGCUGGCUGGAAGAGACAAACUCACGAUAAACUCCUCGCUAUCGUUUGACCAGUUUUCUAUAGCAAUUCCAAGGAAGUCUGGUCCCGACUACUCUACACUCGGUUUGGGUCCCUCGUCGCGAAUCCUAGACAUCGCAAAGAACGCCAGCACCAUCGCAUCGAGGUCGUGGUCCUUGUUUUGGGGACAGACAGGAUUGACAGAUGCGCAUACCAAUAAUGGUGCAGUGGUCCUUGGCGGUGUCGACGAGACUCAAACAACAGGCAAUAACUUUACGGGAGCCAUUAGACCGUCAGUGUAUUCGAGCUGUCGCUCCGGAAUGAUUGUUGAGGUUACAGACAUGGUCGUGUCAGUUCCAGGAGGAUCUAGUGGUAGUUUAUUGUCCGGGGGUGUACAGGGUCAAGGAGUCAACUACUGUUUGGAGCCAGAGUUUCCCAUCAUCACCAUGCUCCUAGAUCAUUGGAAUGAAUGGGAAGACAUCGACCCUGAUGCCGAGACAAGUGGAAAUGCGGUCGACCGAGCUGGAGGUGGCCCGAACGUAUGGGGACUUAUCUACCCUAAACAAAACAUGUUAGUACAUCUCCACCUACCAGAGAGUUUUCUCACUAACGUUCUCAACAAUAGCACGAAGGCCAGUCUCACGAUUACAAUUGCUGGUGGCCUCGAGAUUACUAUCCCGAACCAUCAGCUUGUUCAGGCUUAUUACACCUUUAAUGAGGACGGCCAGAUGGCAGUGAACAAUACUGUCUCGGAACUGAUGAUCAACCCACUCCAAGCCGGCAACGCUAAUGACAUUCCCAAACUCGGCAUGACCUUCUUCCAAGCGGCAUAUCUCCACGUCAAUUACGACAAAAAUCAAUAUACCCUGUGGGAAGCAGCAAAUCCAACAGGUCAAAACAGCAAGUUUGCAGGGGUCGGAGAGUCGAGCGUCGGCUGUGCAACACCGUCUAAUAGCACUUCAUCGCCCAACAAUGGGACAACCUCCGGAGGAUCUUCCAGCAACAACAACAACAAUAACAGUAACAACGACACAGGUAUAUCUGGUGGAGCAAUAGGUGGCAUCGUCGCUGGCGUGGUCGUCGGUAUACUCGCGCUUGCUGGUCUCGCAUUUUUCUUCUGGCGCAGGAAGAAACAAGCGAGAACAGGUCCACCUUCCGAGACGGCAACGCCUUUAUACGAUAUGAACGCAACACAGGAAAAGCCCGAGUUGAUGGGGAGUUACACGGGUCAUAGUUCAUCCGGUUCCUACACCGGGAAGCCUGAGCUGGCGAGCAAUGCUACUGCGCAACCAGUACCGAACUGGAUGCAACCGCAGGAGGUCCCCGCGAAUGCGGUACACCGGCCAACUGUGGAACCGCAGGAACUGCCUAGCCAGCGGUACGAUUGA